UUUUUUUUUUUUUUUUUCUAUGUCGGCUUCGUCCAAACGUGUUGCUGAAUGGACGGACGCCGAGGUCGGCCAGUGGCUGGAAGCGGAGGGAUUUGGCGAGUACGUUGCCAUCUUUGCAGACAACAAUGUCGAUGGCGAGGUGCUCGUGUCGCUCCAACAAGACCAUCUCAAGGAUCUGGGCGUCACCUCGCUGGGCAAGCGACUCAAGCUGGUCAAGUCGCUCCGUGCGCUGGUCGACCACCAGCCUCCUCCAGCGGUCGCGGUUGUCCCCGUGGUCGUUGUCCCCGCAGUGGCCACCCCACAAUCCGCCCGAGAUUCCACGAUUAGUGGCCACUUUGACGACACCGACGACGACGCCCGAGUCGAGCCAAAGUACGACAUCUUGCGGCGCCGCAGGAAGAGCGAGGACAACCUUGCGAGCGAACUCGCUGGCGAGGGCGUCGCAUCCCCAACAGCCAGCCACACGAUUACAGCCGACAACGACGCCACUUAUUCGGUCGUGGUUCGCCGGCCCUCGAUGAACAGCAACGGCGACCACCACAACGCAGCGGCUCCUUCCGACGACAAUGACGGCGAUUUAGCAGCAGCCGCCGCAGCCAUGAUGCUGGGCUCGAGCGAGCAAGAUCAUGACUUGGCUGAUGCAGAGACCAGCCACACUGUCGAUAUCAUGCGUCAAUCACACACAGGUACCUUGGGCCGGGCCACCAAAGUCGCGAAUGCGUCUCUCCGCGGCGCUUCCGCCGCCUCGUCGCGUGUCAACAUUGUAAAUGUGUUUGUCAAGCGCGUCUCUGACACGACGGGUUUGCCCAAAGUCAGCGGCGAAACGGCCAUCCCAGAAAUCCAAACGGCAGCCGACAUUUUGGACGAUGAAGCCCGCGCGGCACUCACCACGCUGUCCGAACUCGCAGAGCAAGCCGAGGCAGCAGAGCUCGAGGAAGAGCGCUUUGAUCCUUUGCCAGAAACCUUGUCGUUUUCGUCCGCGUCGAGCGUGGCCACUUCCAGGUCGGUCGCGUCCGAUGCCGUUGGGGCUCCCUCAACGGCUGCUGCCAAUGCAGCUGCCACAUCUACUGCUGCCCAUACUCCUGCCACCACAGCUGUUUCUACCGCACACGCGUCGAGCGCGGCGAGCCGUGCGCUCAAGUUUGGGCGGUCGUUGUUUUCUGAUUCCGCCACCCCGACCUCACCUCCUUCUGCUUCCGAGGCCGAGUCUACCUUGUUCCACCAAAAGCUUGAAGUCUUGCUGGAGCGUUCACAAAAUGCCCUGCAAGUUUGCCGCAAAAAGGCUGCUGGAAAUCCUCGCCUGACAUUGCAACUCAUGCGCAUGGAUCCCGCUCUGGAAAGUGCUUUGCACGCGUCCAGCCUACAAGUCUCUGCGUCGUCAUCAUCUACAACGUCCACUUUACCGCCAAGUGCCUCGGCCGGCUCUGCAUCUGCGGCUCCAUCACAUCGCAAAACUGACGACGAUGAGGACGAUGACGAUGACGACGAGCCGGCUCCCUCAGCCGCGCACACCCAGGCAUCCAAUGGGGCCGACGGAUUGCACACCCGCAGCGCUGCGUCAGCCGCGGCAGCUGCGCUGCAGGCCAGCGAGCGCGACGCUGCGUUCGUUGCUGCGACACAUCUCGCAGAAUCCGUCGAUCUUGCGGGCGGCAUUGUUGUGACUGCCCUUUGCUCCUACGACGCUCAAGACGAAAGCGAGCUGCCAUUCGAGAAGGGCGAUGUUCUGUACGUUCUUCCCAACUUUCCCAACGAGCCCCUCCGCUCGCAGCAAGCUUGGUGGCGUUGCCGAAAAAUCCCAGGCAUUUCGUCCAUGGGUCCGCGCGAUCAGGGAUUUGUUCCUGCGUGCUUGGUCAAUUCCAAUCAGAGCGCCGUGCAGCGCAUCCAAGGGCUGUACGGCCAGAAGGUGUACACUGAGACUGCGCGCGAGGAGGUCACGGUCAACAAAAAGGGCAAACUCCAGCACGACGUGCCCGCCGCCAGCCACAUCCACCCGACAUUCUGUGGCUAUCUGUCCAAGCUCGGUGGAAGCGGCCUUCGCAAGAACUGGCGCCGGCGCUGGUUUGUGCUGACCAACUGCUGCCUUUUCUACUACAAGUCGCCCGAGGACCAGUUUGCUCUGGGCAAGAUUGCCAUGCCCGGCUACACGGUGGCGUAUGCUGCUGAUCGUCGCCAUAGCUUCCGUGCAGAGUACGGCGCAGGUCGCCGUACUUACCACUUCCAAGCAGACUCUCGCGAGGAGAUGCAGCUCUGGAUGUACGCCAUGGGCCUUGCGACGCUGCUGGAUGAUCUACCCGACCAAACCAAGGAGCUGCUGAGUGAACGACGCAAGCAGCGCGCAGCAUCGGUCGCACCUGAAAACGCAGAGCACGCAGAAACCACUGGCCGCAGUGCUGCCUCGAAGAUUGCCAAGUUUGUUCGCAAGCCAGCGUUUGGCAAGUCCAGCAGUCCCGCGUCCUCUUUCAACGCCGAAGACGAAUCCCGGCAGAUCAUGGAGCUUUUGGGCGAUGCCGUACCCGUUUCAUUGAAGGAGGGCUCGCUUCAUGUCGGUCGCGCGCACUCUGGCUCAGUGUUGUCCGCGCACAGCCUCGACCGUCACGGAAGCAUGACUAGUGAUGCCCACAGCGAUGCCAGUAUCCCCUCGUCCCCGACGGCACACGACGAGGAUCGGUCGCAGCAUUGGUCUCCGCUCUCAUCCUCACCUCCAGAUGCCACCGCUGGUUCGGCUCGAUCCGACGAUGCCGCACCUCCAGCCAAACCUCCACGGUCGAGCCACCCCAGACCCAUCCCUCAGUCGUCCUUGACGUCCACAUCGCCAGGGUCAUCUUCGCCUCCGACUGGCAGCAUUGCAUCCUCUUCGUCGUUUGCUCGACCAAGUGGCUCGCCACGAAAGCCGCCUCCGCCUCUACGUGGCCGUGAUGAGAUUAGCAAUCUACUCGACUCGAUCGAUUCGUCCGUGGAGCGUCGCGACCCACUUGGUCCGCCGGCGGCCCAUCAACGACACAGUUCGAGCGCCUCGCACAGCUCUCGCACCCCGUCUGGUAGUGGCUCUUUCACAUCAACUACCGGUGGUGGACCUCCUCCGGUCUCUGUGGCUCGUCUCUUCCUGGGUAAUUUGCCCGAGAAUCGACCUGCAUCUCCCGAAACCAGUCACUCACCGCACUCUUCCACCGGCUUGCGGUCGCCCCGUGCUUGCAUCUCGCCCGCUCCUCACGAAGACAGCGAGCACGAGUCGGACAGCACCACUUAUGCAGAAGUGCGGGCGUUGCAAAAACCAAGCCGAGCCGCUCCACUCAAUAGCGGCCCCAGCACUCGACCAUCGCUAGCAUCCAUUGCUUCCGAACGCGAGGUUUUGUAUGCCGCGGUCGAUCAGCAAUUUUAGCGACAAUGUUUGGCGCGUCUUUGAGCCUGCACGCGGCCGUUCACCAACCUCCCUGUUGCACUUUUUGGUUCCUUUCGCGCUGGCAUCAUGACUGCUCUCGCGUUCUGCCUUGUUCGUUGGGAGGAACAAAACCCAAACCCCUUCCCCCAUCCGGCUUGAGCUAUUCUUUUCAUUUUAUUCACUCGGGUUUCUAUUUACUUCAUUUAGCAUUCUUAUUUUUUUUUCGACUUAUCCAUCACUCGCUCGCGCUUUUUUUCUCGGUGUCUUCUUUUGUCGGUGUCUUGCGAUUGUAUUCUUGUCUGGGCUUAUCUCUUUGCC